AUGUCCGAUGCAUCUGACCUCGAUGGUGAAGAAGAAGUCGACCGAGAAGUGGAAGUACUCGGAGGGCUAAAAGACUUGAUCAUCAGCCAGGAGCCCGUUCCGCUGGAUCCCUCCUAUACCGGAAAUUGGGAGGGAGCUCCUGACCUCGGGUCGCCAGGUUUCAAUCGGUUUGCUGCACGAGUGAUGUGGAAUGCGAAAAUUGGCAGGAAGUUGAAGGGACGGCGCGCCGAAGGCGAAUGUCCACCUCUCCAGCCACAUCAAGAGGCGGUAGCAUUUAUGCUGCAUCCGCAGUCGCCCAUCUCUCGAAUGCUGGUGGACCAUCCUACCGGAUCAGGCAAGACUCGAGAAAUGAUUUGCGUCUUGGACAACUACUUCUUGGACCCUCGACCGAAGGUGCCGAUAUUUCCCAAGGAGCCGGUCUGUCGUAACUUCUACAUGGAACUACUUCGAUGGCCGAGCCGGUAUCGGGACUUCUUUGCCUGUUUGAGGCCGCAGGAUGCAGCCAAAGCCAGCGGUUGUGCAGACUGGCGCUCUCGACGGAGGCUUCGCUGGGACCUGGCCGACCUGUCUGGUGUUGUCAUGCACGAGCUGUGCUACAACAUGCGGGAGGUGCUGGAAAUGAAGGGAUGGUUCUUUAUGGGCAGAAUGAGACGUUCGCGCAGAGAGGCAUUCCGCACUCGCUUCCCAGACGAAGUCGCCCCAGCUGCACCCUUGCGGGCUCUGCGAUACACGUCAGCAGGCGGUCGUCAUGCAGAUCUUCGGCCGGAUGGAUGGCCCGUGAGCGCUUUGCUGAAGGUUGCGUUUGAUCGCGCACAAGCUGCUGGCAAUGCUUACUCGAACAAGGUCGUCAUCAUGGACGAGGUCCACAACCUGGUCCGACUGCAGACCCAAUACGGUGAACAACUCGCACGGCUUAGAAACCUCCUCUCGACGGCACGCGGCUCGGUGCUGGUGGGGUUCACAGGAACUCCCAUCUUGAACGAGGCAAGCGAGGGCAGACAGCUCCUGGACAUUGUGAAGGGCGCAUUUGCCCCUCCGGGCGAUGGUGGCUUCCUCUCCUCAUUUCCUAUGCGUCCAGCUGCUUGGCGAGACUUGUCAAGCUCAAUCCUCCGAGAUGGAAGAUCGCUGCCUCAACAAAGGUUGGCCUCUUUCCGAACCUUGGCCACAGCAGCCUUAGUGCACACGGGCUCAGGGGUGUGUAAUCUGUGUGUUCAGAGAAUCCCUGCAUGA